GCGACACGCUUGAAGGAUGCGCCCUCGAGCGUCAUUUCCGAAAGCGACCUAGAGCCCCUUCAAACCAACGCAGUCUUUUGGCGACAGAGUAACGGCCACCUCUCCCCUCUCCGCGGCGAUUUUAUCCCACGAUUAAUCCAUUAUAGUCCUUCACAAUGUACAGACUCGGUCGUAGCCGCGCAUUGGCGUCGGCCUUCGCCGCGCCCAAGGUUUCUCCCUCCCCCAGACUCCAGAGCAUUGCGCAACAACAAAGGAGAGCCCUGAGCAUCCACGAGUACCGCUCCGCCGACCUCCUCCGCCAGUAUGGCAUCGAUAUUCCAAAGGGCGCCGUCGCGACGACGGCGGCUGAGGCCGAGGCGGUCGCCAAGAGCAUCGGCACCGACGACAUGGUGAUCAAGGCUCAGGUGCUCGCCGGCGGGCGCGGCAAGGGCAGCUUCGACAACGGCCUCAAGGGCGGCGUUCGCGUCAUCUACUCGCCCACCGAGGCCAAGAUGUUCGCCGAGCAGAUGAUCGGCCACAAGCUCAUCACCAAGCAGACGGGCGCCGCCGGCCGUCUGUGCAACGCCGUCUACAUCUGCGAGCGCAAGUUCGCCCGCCGCGAGUUCUACCUGGCCGUGCUCAUGGACCGCGCGUCGCAGGGACCCGUCAUCGUCUCGUCGUCGCAGGGCGGCAUGGACAUUGAGACGGUCGCCAAGGAGAACCCCGACGCCAUCACGACCACCUACAUCGACAUCAACGUGGGCGUGACGGACGAGAUCGCGCGCGGCAUCGCCACCAAGCUGGGCUUCAGCGAGCAGUGCAUCGAGGACGCCAAGGACACCAUCAAGAACCUGUACCGCAUCUUCCUCGAGAAGGACGCGACCCAGAUCGAGAUCAACCCGCUCUCGGAGACGUCGGACCACAAGGUCAUGUGCAUGGAUGCCAAGUUCGGCUUUGACGACAACGCCGAGUUCCGCCAGAAGGAGGUGUUCAGCUGGCGCGACACCACCCAGGAGGACCCGGAGGAGGUGCGGGCCGCCGAGGCCGGGCUCAACUUCAUCAAGCUGGACGGCGACAUCGGCUGCCUGGUCAACGGCGCCGGCCUGGCCAUGGCCACCAUGGACAUUAUCAAGCUCAACGGUGGGCAGCCGGCCAACUUCCUCGACGUCGGCGGCGGCGCCACCCCGGCGGCCAUCAAGGAGGCCUUUGAGCUCAUCACCAGCGACCCCAAGGUGACGGCCAUCUUUGUCAACAUCUUUGGCGGCAUCGUGCGCUGCGACGCCAUCGCCCACGGCCUCAUCAACACGGUCAAGUCGCUCGACCUGAAGAUCCCCAUCAUUGCCCGCCUGCAGGGCACCAACAUGGAGCAGGCCCACCAGCUCAUCAACGACUCGGGCAUGAAGAUCUUCUCCAUCGACGACCUGCAGAGCGCCGCCGAGCGCGCCGUCCAGCUGUCCAAGGUUGUCAAGAUGGCUCGUGACAUUGACGUUGGCGUCGAGUUCACCUUGGGUAUCUGAAAGCUAGACGGGGCAAGGGAGAAGGCAUCGGGAAGAGGGCAAUGAUAGACUGGUCGGGUGGCCUGGUUGGUUCCCUUUGUGUUGUUGUGUAUUUGGCGACUGCCUGCUGCUGCUGCUGUCAGGUGCUAUACUGCUGUGCUGCUUUUUGUGUACAUCCCAAACAGACUCUGAUGCUGUGCAUGUCGUGUAGUAGGUAAUCUGUACGUGUCCGAGGUGGCCGGGGGGGGGGG